CAAAUCGCAAUUACAAGGCCGUGUUUGGUUGACACGUUUUGAGGACAACUGCAAGUUGCAGCUAGGGUUUAGCUGCGGGAGAGAGAGAGAGAGAGGCAACAAUGGAGAAGGUGGAAGAAGAAAAGGGGGCACAGGGAACGAGGAUAUACAUGGGUGGAUUAGGCAAAAUUGUAACUGAAGAUGAUAUUCGUAAAACAUUUUCAGGUUUAGGUCGUGUUGAUGCUGUCGAUAUUUUUCGCACCAAAGGCCGUAGCUUUGCUUACCUUGAUUUUGUACCUUCCGCUGAAAAGUCUCUCCCCAAGCUCUUUAGCACGUACAAUGGGUGUAUGUGGAAAGGAGGAAGGUUGAAACUUGAGAAGGCAAAAGAGCACUACCUUCUUCGCUUAAAACGUGAGUGGGAUGAUGAUGCCAAACUUAUUAAUAGUGCACCAAGUAGGGUUGAUAUAUCUGACAGCAAGCCUUCGUCGGAGAAGCCGAAAAAGUUACAAGCUUUGGAAAAGCCAAAUAUUCGUAUAUUUUUUCCCAAAUUGAGCAAGAUGAAAUCUUUGCCAUUCGGUGGAAGUGGAAAGCACAAAUACAGUUUCCAGCGCAUUGAAGUACCCCCUCUUCCAAUUCAUUUUUGUGAUUGUGAAGAACAUUGUAAUUCAUUUCACAAGGAAAAAGGAACUACUUCUGAUACAGAAACAGCAAAUGGCGGGAUUAGAGAGGAAGAACUUAGCAUUAUGGAAUCAGUUAUGAAAAAACUAUUUGAGAGAGAGACUGACUCCAAGGCUGUGGCAGACAGGGGUAAAUCAACUGAAGAAAGAGACAGUUUACCUGAAGUUAUUGAUAUUCCAGUUGAUGAAGUUAUUUCUGAUCCACCGUCAGAUGAAGAAAAUCUUAUUAUUAACAUCGUGGCUGGUGGGAAGGAAAGUAUGCUAUUAUCAGGGAACCAGGCACAAAAAACUAGGCCAGACAACAAGGAAUUAAAGCAUGGUAGAUCUAAUACCUUUAAAGAUCGCCCAGUCAACAGUUUACAUACAAGUCAGAAAAAGAAUAUUGAAUCUUUCAGUAUGAAAAGAAAAUUGCCUCUUGCCGAGUUAAGUGAAGGAAAUGAACGUGAAUCCCUUGAUACAAAAAAGAAAAAGAGUUUGCCAGUUAAUUCCAAAGGACAAGAGGAUCAGAGUACAGAACCGAAGGCACGCCCCCCAAAAUCGAAAAAUAAUAUUGCAUGGUCACAGAAGUCUGCAUGGAAGGACUUAAUUGGUAAGAAAGGUAACACUCCAUUCCAGUUUUCCAGUGUUGUGUCAAGUAUUUCUUCUACGAAAGAAGAGCAGCCCAAUAGCUCCAGCGAUAAGCUGAGCGAAUCUUUUGCUAAGGUUAAGCUUCCCCAAAGCUCAGAUGCUGCUCCAACAAUAGCAUCUGCAAAAGUGGAGCAGCCUCAAAGCUCACGUUUUGUUGUAGGCGUAAUAAUGGAAGAGCAAACCAGGCCUCGUGAUCUUAAUGUUAUCAGUUAUAGUUCCGAUUCAGAAAAGCAAAACACACUACAUGGGAACCCAGAAAGUGAAACAAUGCAGUCUAAAGAAAAGCAAGGUGCAGAAGCUCCUGCUUUAGCUUCACCAAAUGACGUUUCAAUAACAACAGCCAGAGGUGUUUCAUGGCGACAAAAAUCAUCAUGGACACAGCUGGUUGCUGAUGCAAACAAAAAUUCAUUCAGCAUCUCACAAGUUAUACCUGGUCUCUCUUUUGAAACACAACCAUCACAACCCAAUCUCACUGAUGUUGCUGCAGAUACAAGUAAUGCAGAACAUCAAAACUUGUUGAAGCUAAAUGAGCUUGAAAAUACAGGACAUGGUCUUGAAGUAAAAGACAGAUCUGUUCAUGUUGCUCCUAGUAAUUUCGAUGCUAUCUCUCUGUCUAAGAGCACUGUUGACUCUGAGAAGUCGAAAGCGUCAACAGUCUUAGGAAAGCGUGAAGCUACUGCACUGAAAAUUAACAACAGACUACCAUUAAUUCGAAAACCAAUAUCUAUUGCUGAUUUCGGUGAAACUUGCUCAUUCGUGAGGAGUGCUGAUUCCUUGAAGGAGUGGUCUAAGGCCAAAGCAUCUGUAAGUAACUCUCUUAAGAAAAAAAGGGGACCUGAAGAGAAGUAGUCAUCCUCCCCUAAAGAAUUCGAAUGUAAACUUGUGUUCGGAGGUGAUCAUGUAUUUUUCUUCAUUAGGGAAAAAACGCUCCUCAUAGAUGGAGUUGGGUUUUUUGCAAUUUUUUUUGUCCGCAUCAAUAAUUGCAUGCUAUGAGAACCCAUAUAUUCUUUAUCAAGCUUUUUUUUGCCUGUAUCUGCACUGAUGAAUUUUUAUUUUACUUUGUGAUACUGUGGGCGUGGUUCUUUCAA